AUUUUCGGUAAAUUCAUCUGAUAUUUUGACGUUGGCUGUUUAAUAAAAAUUCAGUGAUAGUAUUAUUAAAUUUAAAUUUCUGAAUAAAAAUUUAAUUCAGAGUAAUUGUUUAAGUAAUGAUCUUAUAAAUAAAGUAAUAAGGUUCAUCUAAAUUAUGAAGUUAACGAAUUAUAUCAUAAUUCUAGUCAGUAUAUUAUGUUUUCAAAUAGUGUUAGCAGGAAGAGACUUUUACAAGAUAUUAGGUGUUUCAAAAAGUGCUAGUUUACAUGAAAUUAAGAAGGCAUAUCGUCGCUUAGCUAAGGAAUUACAUCCCGAUAAAAAUAAAGAUGAUCCAGAGUCCUCACAGAAGUUUCAGGAUCUUGGAGCAGCUUAUGAAGUUUUAUCUGAUGAGGACAAAAGGAAAAAGUAUGAUAGAUGCGGAGAAGAUUGCUUACAGAAGGACGGUAUGAUGGACGGCGGAAUGGAUCCGUUUGCAAGUUUUUUCGGCGAUUUUGGUUUCCAUUUUGGAGGUGGCGAACAGAAGAACGAAAUACCUAGAGGGGCCGAUUUAGUAAUGGAUAUUUUUGUUACGUUAGAAGAUUUGUACACAGGCAACUUUAUUGAAAUUACAAGGAAUAAACCGGUUAUGAAACCUACUCAUGGAACACGCAAAUGUAAUUGUCGACAGGAAAUGAUCACGAGAAAUUUAGGUCCAGGGAGAUUCCAAAUGAUGCAACAAACAGUUUGUGAUGAAUGCCCUAAUGUUAAAUUGGUAAAUGAAGAGAGGACAUUGGAACUAGAAGUAGAACCAGGUAUGGUUGAUGGUCAAGAAACUAAAUUCACCGCUGAAGGUGAGCCACACCUUGAUGGUGAGCCUGGUGAUUUAAUUUUAAAAAUUAAAACUCAGCUUCAUCCACUGUUUGAACGAAGAGGUGAUGAUUUGUACACAAAUGUUACUAUUAGUUUACAGGAUGCUCUUGUGGGCUUUACCAUUGAAUUACAACAUCUAGAUGGACAUAUGGUGUCAGUAACAAGAGAUAAAAUUACUUGGCCCGGUGCCAGAAUUAGAAAGAAGGGUGAAGGGAUGCCCAAUUAUGAAAACAAUAAUUUACAAGGAACACUUUUUAUUACUUUCGAUGUUGAGUUCCCAAAACAGGAACUUAGCAAUGAAGACAAAGAAGCUAUUAAGAAGAUUUUGAACCAGAGUUCCAACAACAGGGUAUAUAAUGGACUUGGGGGUGUUUAGAGUUAACUGAAGAAAUAAAUGGUUGAGUCAAACCAUACUAUGUAUAUAAUUUAGGAGUAUGAGUGCUGGAUGUGUUUCUAGAUGUGAAUUUUUUGAAUUUAUUUAUUGUGAGUUACAAUAUUGCUAAGUGCAAACUGAACAAGACCCAGUCUUAGGUAUUUUUUGUUUUGUAAAUUAUUUGUAAAUUAAAACACUUAGAAUAAA